GGUACAACGACACCGGUUGUGGUAGCAUCGACUCCGAAAGAAUCGUCAGUGCGACCUCAUGGAGACAAGCUGAAAAUGAUGAACCCUACACCAAAUGGUUAUAGCAGUUCUCCUAACCAUAAAUCCAAACCUGAGGGAGAGGACAUUGUUAAAAAACACAGUGAUUCUGGUAAAAACAAUGAGUAUCAUAAACACAGCUCAGAUCAUGUGAAAAAGAAAGAUGAUGAUCCAUCUAAGCACAAAUCAUCUCAUUCAAAGUCUAAGGAACAUUCACACUCGAAAGAUAAAGACGGUGCUGUGAAAAGCAGCAGCAGUGAGCAUGGUGACAAAGAGAAGAAGCAUAGUUCUAAGGAUAAGACCAAAGAGAGUAAAUCUUCGGAACAUUCGAAACAUUCUUCUGGAAAAGAAGAGAAGCAUAAGAGCUCAGAGUCGAAGAAAGACCAUGGCAGUGACGAAAAGAAAAAAACUGACAAUUUUAAAGAAAAUGAAAAGGUGAAAGACGGCAGCUCGAAAGAAUCGAAGCACAAGGAAUCCAAAGAGAAACACAAAGAAAAGCAUAAGGAGCACAAGGAGAAGCAUAAAGACAAGGGUGAGAAAUCGAAAGAACACUCUGAGAAGAAGGAGAAAUCUAGUGAUAAGCAUAAAUCUGAAAAUUCGGAAAAGCAUAAGGAAGCGUCUGGUGAUAAAAUUAAAUCUGAACAUUCUGAAAAGCAUAAAGAGGCAUCUGGUGAUAAAGUUAAAUCUGAACAUUCUGAAAAGCAUAAAGAAAAAUCCGGUGAUAAAUCGAAAUCUGAACAUUCUGAAAAGCACAAGGAAAAAUCCACGGAUAAGAUAAAAUCCGAGAAUUCCGAGAAGCAUAAGGAAAAGCACAAGCACAAGCAUAAAGACAAGCAUGGUGAUAAGGACAAGCCAGUGAAAAUAAAACAAGAACCUGAGAAUAACAAAGGUCAUUCUCCAUCCAAAGAAGUAACUUCAAAAGUUACUGUUAAAGAAGAAUAUAUGAGUGAAGAUGAUAUGCCUUUGACAAUGAGAUAUGAAAUGAAGAAAGCAGCUGAAGCUGCUAAGAAAAAAGAGCAACAAUUAGACAUCAAACCAUCAAUCAAAAGAGAACCCGAAUCUGAUGAAGAACCUGCUCCUGUUAAAAAAAAGGUUAAAACUGCAACGAAGAAACGGGCUAGACCCCCAAGUGAUGAUGAUGAUGAUGAAGAAGAUUAUAAAGCUAAAAAGCCAAAAAAGAAAAAGCAAGACACUAAAGUUAAGGUGGAGCCUGCAGGAACUGCUAGUCCCAAAAAAAGGGGAAAAAAAGAAGAAGAACAGGAAGUUUGGAAGUGGUGGGAGGAGGAAAAAUUAGAUGAUGGAAAAAAAUGGAAAACAUUGGAACAUUGUGGUCCGGUGUUUCCCCCUCCAUAUGAACCGGUACCAAAGAAUGUAAAAUUUUACUAUGAUGGGAAACAUAUUCCUUUGAGUCCACUCACCGAAGAAAUCGCUGGUUUUUACGGACGUUUAUUAGACCAUGACUACACUUCCAAAGAUAUUUUCAACAAAAACUUCUUCACAGACUGGCGUAAAAACAUGACUCCUGAAGAAAGAGAAAUUAUCAAAGAUUUGAAGAAGUGUAAUUUCAAGGAAUAUGAUAUUUAUUAUAAGCAGAAAUCUGAAGAAAGAAAGAACAUGUCAAAAGAAGAAAAAAAUAAAAUAAAGGAAGAAAACAACAAAUUAACUGAACAGUAUGGCUUUUGUAUCAUUGAUGGACAUAAACAAAAAAUAGGAAACUUCAAAAUAGAGCCUCCGGGACUCUUCCGUGGACGUGGCGAACAUCCUAAAAUGGGGAUGCUAAAACGCCGUAUAGAAGCCAAGGAUGUAAUUUUAAAUCUUGGAAAGGAAGCUAAAGUCCCGGAACCACCUCCUGGCCAGAAAUGGAAGGAAAUAAGACAUGACAAUACGGUCUCGUGGUUAGCGAGUUGGACGGAAAACAUCCUAGGCUCAACUAAAUACGUUAUGUUGAACCCAAGCUCGAAGUUAAAAGGAGAGAAAGAUUGGCAGAAGUAUGAAACAGCAAGGAAACUAAAAGCUCAUGCCGACAGAAUUCGUGCAGAAUACACCAGGGACUUUAAAUCUAAAGAAAUGAGAGUUCGACAAAGAGCAGUAGCACUCUACUUCAUUGACAAGUUGGCUUUGAGAGCUGGAAACGAAAAAGAUGAAGAGACUGCUGACACUGUUGGUUGUUGUUCACUCCGUGUGGAGCACAUUACGCUGGAUGAUGAGAAGGAUGGCCAAGAAUAUGUUGUGAGCUUUGAUUUCUUGGGAAAAGAUUCUAUACGUUACGAAAACUCUGUAGCAGUGGAGAAAAAAGCGUACAAAAACCUUAAGCUCUUCAUGGAAAACAAGCAGCCUGGCGAUGACCUAUUUGACAGAUUAAAUACAGGUAUUCUAAACAAGUAUCUUAAUGACCUAAUGGAAGGCCUAACAGCCAAGGUCUUCAGGACAUAUAAUGCUUCCAAAACUCUACAAGAACAAUUGGAUCGUUUGACAGAAGCGGACAUGACUGUGCCAGAAAAACUUCUCGCCUAUAACAGAGCCAACAGAGCAGUUGCAAUCCUAUGUAACCAUCAGCGGGCUGUUCCCAAAGGAUUUAAUAAGAGUAUGGAAAAUCUCAAAGCUAAAAUGGAUGAAAAAGCUAAUCAGAUAAAAGAAAUGAAGAAAGAAGUCAAGGCUGCUAAAAAUAAUUCUCGAGAUAAAGCAACCUACGAGAAGAAGAAAAAGAGACUUGCUCAACUGGAAGAUCAAUUAAAAAGGUUAGAAGUCCAAGCGACGGAUAGAGAAGAAAACAAACAAAUUGCACUAGGCACAUCCAAGCUUAAUUAUUUGGAUCCAAGGAUUAGUGUUGCAUGGUGCAAAAAGUGGGACGUGCCUAUCGAAAAGAUCUACAACCGAACACAACGCGACAAAUUUAGAUGGGCCAUCGAAAUGGCCGGUCCAGACUACGAAUUUUGAUGCUCCUCAAUCAGCCUCUAGUGUUACGAAGAACAGGCUGACAUUUAGAUAAAUAAGGAAAUAAAGUGUCUUGCCUUCAUCAUUCACAUCAUUCCAUGUUGCAGCUUAGCUGCCUGUGACACGCAUUUUGUAUGGACUCAUUUUUAUCAUGGAAAAGAGUGUGGACCUUGUAAUCAUAUGUAUGUUUUUAGAGGGAUGAUUAAAGAAUGCAAUGUCAUGUUUCCAAGCUCAUUGUUUUUCAGUAAUGUAGUGUUUAUUUAUUUAUUAGUGUCUAUUAUUUACCAAAGUGCUGUUAAUUGUUCAUUCUUUAUUUUCUUUUGAUAUGGUUAAUUUUUUAAUGUGUGGGAUAUAUGAAAAAUGGCUAUCUUAUUUAUUCUAUAAAUUAUUUGUAAGUUUUUUUUUAGUCUGCAGGCAUGAGCUCAAAGUGAUUCAUACAGAAUAAAUGUCUGGUUUUUGUAAUAAUUGAGUCCAAAGCAAUACUUUCCACUAAACUGUUGCAUAUGCAAAUCCAGGAAUAAAGAUGUAAUUCUACACAUACAGAAACAUUUUGCAUUUAUGAGUGGCAUUUUUUUUUUUACAGGAAUGGAAUAAGAAUUUUUCUUUUCCAUAGCAAAAACUUGCAUAUCUAUUCUAAUUAGCUACAAAUUCAAUCAAAUAUGUAAAAAGAUUUCCUAUACUGAUGAAUAGCUUGCAUGUUUUUGCAAGGUACAUAUUUUAGUGACGAAAGAAAGAAUGUGAAUGAUAAAAAGAUAAAAAGUUACAAUUAAAACAAUGGCAAAAUUGAAUUUGUGUAGGCUGUCAUUGAAAAGAUUUUCUAAAUUUUGCUAGAUAGCUACCUCCUAUCUUAGCACUGAUUGUCUUGCAUUUUUAUUUUUGUCACUUAUUUCUUUUAUUCUAUUUGCCUGAUAUGACUUUUGAAAUAUCUGUUUUACAUUGUUAUUUUGUGUGCUGAAAUGCAAUCACUAUCACAUUGAUUGAAGUAGUUUUAUUAUUUAUAUUAUUUUAAGUAUAUCAGAAUCAGAAUUAUUUUUUAAAAAUUGCAUUCAAAAUUUCAAAUAUAUUUUUGAAUCUGAUUUUUUGCGUAGUGCUUCUCUUAAAAUUUCAAAUGUCUGGUUGUAAGAAUUGUAUCAAAAUUUUGUUUUUUAAACAAUGGCGCAAAGAUUUCAUAAUUCUUUCUUUUGUAAGUAUAUUUGUGCUAAAUAGAGGAAUUUAGCACAAAUAAUUAGGAAUUUAAUUAAGAAUAAGAAGAUAAUCUACCAUGGUAUAUGCAUCUCUUUAGUGCUUCAUGAGCAGAAAAUUGCUUCAAUAUUGCCUUAUGAGAUAUUCCACAAAAAUAAAUAAAUAAAUAAAAAUCAGUGCUUCCUUUCUUGAUAGUUUUAAAAGUAUUAAUGAAUUAUUUAGUCUUCUAAUAUGGUAUCCUAAUGCCGUUGUCAUAUUCUAUGAAGUUGUGUUUUGUGUAUUAUGCAUAGCUAUGUAUAUGCAUGGAACCAGCAGAUGUUCAUUUUGGAUUGAAAUUUCUUAAACUAACAAAUUAAUCCCAUUCUACUGAAACAAAACCAGUACUAAAUUAAACUGUUCUAAUCUUUCAUUGCAUGCAAGCUGUAUAUUUACUUAAAAAUUUAAAAAAAAAAAGUUUUAGCAGUAAGGAAAAAAACAAUCACUUUUGUUCAGUAAAUGAAUAAAAUAACUUCAUGUUAUUUGUAUAAGUUGAAUGACAUCAAUAUGUUUUGUGCAUACAAAAAAUUAGCCCAGUGCCCUUUUUUCAAUGCCAAAAAAUCAAUUCCAAAGAAAGCUAUAAUUUAAAUUGACAUUAACUGAAUGACGCUAAAACCUAGAUUAACUCAAGUGAUUGAGUUGUGACCAACAAUGUUUUUUUUAACUAUAUUGUUAGUUUUAACAAAUUGGUCAGUAAAUGUCUCACAAUUCGGGAAAUUCAGUUUUUAUUUAAUAAGGCAUAAUACACUUGUCAACUGUAUUGUUCUUUAUGUUAAGAUUUUUCUAUCUGGAGAUUUUUCUGUAAUGUUAAACAUAAGUGUGUAGUUAAAAAAAAACUCUAUUAAACAAUAUUUUAAUUUCACGUUUCAGCAUUUUGAACUGAAUAGCAUUUUAAAGUACCAAAUUAUUUUGUCUUCCCAAAAUUUACUCGUAGGUUUGCAAAAAAAAAAUACAAGUGAUGAAAAAGCAUGGACACAACUUGUGUCUGUAGGUUAAAAAAUGGCUUUUUCCCGGUGACAUGAAAGUGUUAAUAACUUGCCAAAAAAAUUGAUAAAAUUUCAGUAACACAAUAUUGGUUAAAAGAGUUUCGGGUGAUUAAAGAUCUACUGUAUGUUGAAAUACAUUAAGUUUUGAUGUAUAAACUGUUACGUAUCUUAGAAGAAAAAUUCUUGUUGCGCCUUUUGAUUAUGCAUAGAAAUUGUAAUCUGUAUGAAUCAGCUUUAGCAAAUGCUCUUUUCCUUCAUUGCAAGCUGUUAAUUGAGAAUCAAAAAUUAUAAAUGAAUUUAAUCUGCCUUUUUAAAAAAAACUUUUAGGCUCUACUUGAGUGCUCAUUAUAUAUACUUUCAUCCUCCAUUAUUGUUGAUUGUAAUCAUUUAAUUAUUUGUUUUAUAUUUAUGCAUGGAUUGUUGUUUUUAUCAUACAUUGUCUCUGAAAUGUAAUGGGAACUUGCAUCAAGAUUGUAUAGUCAUUUGUCCUACUUCACGAAAAAUGAAAACAUAAUAAAAAAGUUGAUUUAUAUCAAA